AUGGAAGAAAAUAAUCAACUCCUUGUUAUCCCAGAGGAAUCAUCUCAACAAACUCAACCAGAAAUUCAGGGGUCUAACUUCUCUCAACCACUAUCCCAAGAAAUAUCAACUGCUCAUCCUGCAGCGAUUAAGCAACCUACUCCCCCAAAUGAACCUUGUGAUCUCUCCCUCAUAAUGGAAGUUGAAGAAUAUGUUGUUCAGAAGAUUGAGUCCCAACCACCAUGUAUGGACCUUCAAAUGACAGUACAUCAGCCACUCCAGCCCAAGACAUGGAAAAGAUCCUCAGAAGCCGCCGUGUAUGCUUCCCUGAACCGCCCAGCUGGACAGGACGUGCCGCUGCUCGCCGGAGAUGCAUCGGGAGAGCCGUCAAAAGGAGAGAAGGAGAACGUCGUGCUCGUCAUCGGAGGCCGGAGAGAAGGACUGCGUGCCGGAGACAACUCGCCGACAGAAGCAAAUGGGAUGAAUUCGUCGGCAAUUGACGGCGGUAAUGAUGUUGGACCGGCAAUGGCGGGUGGCGGGUGUGGGUUGCGGGAUUGGGCGGUGGCUGUCGGUGGCGCUGGGGCGGUGCGCCGGUGUGAAGUCCCUGUCGGCGGCGACGAGCAGUGGUUUUAG